AUGCAUUGAGGUAGCCUCAACUACCCCAGGGACCUGGCACAGAUGUGGAGCCUGUUUCACACAACUGUUACUUGAAGGAAAAAAGGAGCAAAUGAUACCAAGACAAGCUCAUAACAGAGAUCUAAUCACCAAAUGUGUACGGAUGAAAAUACAGUGAGAUGAGUCAGAAAACGACUAAGGAGGGUCCCAGACUCUCCAAGAACCAGAAGUUUACAGAGCACUUCAGCAUACAUUGCUGCCCACCAUUCACCUUCCUCAACUCCAAGCGUGAGAUCGUGGAUCGGAAAUACAGCAUCUGUAAAAGUGGCUGCUUUUACCAGAAGAAAGAAGAGGACUGGAUCUGCUGUGCCUGCCAGAAGACCAGCACCAGACGCCGUGCAACGUCCCCUCAGAGGCCCAAGCUCCAGCCAGCUGCACCCCCCGCGGUGGUCAGAGCACCAGCCAAGCCACGGUCCCCUCCGAGGUCUGAGCGUCAACCACGCCCCCGCCCAGAGGUCCGACCACCACCAGCCAAGCAGCGCCCCCCUCAGAAGUCCAAGCAGCCAGCGCGCAGCAGCCCCCAGAGAGGGCAAGGCACCAGCCGUGGGGGGUCCCCCAUCAAAGCUUCUAGGUUCUGGUAA